AUGAAAGAAAAAGAAAAAAAAAUAGAGGAUAAAAUUCCAAAACCUGGUGGAAAACGACCACGUCAAUGUGAUAAGGAAAAUAAUUAUUCAUCUCCAUAUUUUACGUCCAAUAAUAAUAAUACAUCAAUUGCUAAUAAAACACAUGAAGUUAAUAACCAUUUAUCAUCUAUAUCAUUACCAAUCAACACCUUAUCAAGAACCUUGCCGCUUCGAAAUGUUUCGAGUUUGUCUCCGUCGUCAUCAGCUGUUACUGUACCUACACCAACAUUAAUAAGAUCAGUUCGUCUCAUAUCACCGAUAAAUCUUGCUAUUAUACCAUUACAACAAAAUCAAUAUAUGGUUAUCCAACUAAAAUAA